AUGGUAUGUUUAUUUUCGCUGCUGCUUUUCACCCUACUGAGAGAUAACAAAACGCAUGCGAAGAGGAAUACACACAGGUUGAGCGCGGCGCCGUUCAUACAGUUCCCGGGCGGGGGAGUUGCCCAAGGGAAGGCAAAGCACCGCUGGGCAGGCAGGGGAAGCGGCGGUGGGGGCAGCCGCUGUAGCAAGACGAGGGGGACGUCCUCCAACUCGUUGGCGCGGUCGAUAGGGGAUAAACAUGAAAACUCCGCACUGGGGGAGGAGAGCGCGUCAGAUAGUGCAUCCGAUAGCACUGCAGACAGCGCGGCGGAUGGGAUGAUCCCAAGUGACCCCUCUGCGAAGGGAAUGAAAAGUGUUAAGAAUGACGAGUUGUGCAUGGAUGCUGCCCAAAGCGUGGGUGUUUACCUCGAAGGCGUGGGAACCCGUUUAGAAGAGCCCUCCCCCAAAGGGAAACAAAUCCACAAAAGCAAGAGCGGAAGAAGGUACAGGAGAAGGGAGGGGCUCCCUCCCCGAGUGGACCACAUCAAAGAUAUUAAGAAGCAUGUGAAGCUAUUCUUUUUCAAAAAAAGAAUAAUCUUCCUAACGGAGGAAAUAAAUAAAAAAACGACCGACGAGAUGAUCAGCCAGUUGUUAUACUUGGAUAACCUCAACCAUGACGACAUCAAAAUUUAUAUAAAUUCCCCAGGCGGGUCCAUAAAUGAGGGACUAGCCAUUUUGGACAUCUUCAAUUACAUCAAGUCAGACAUACAGACAAUAUCUUUUGGCCUAGUAGCAUCUAUGGCUUCUGUAAUUUUAGCUAGCGGGAAAAAAGGGAAGAGAAAAUCUCUACCCAAUUGCAGAAUCAUGAUUCAUCAACCUCUGGGCAAUGCAUUUGGCCAACCACAGGAUAUAGAGAUACAGACGAAAGAGAUUCUUUACCUGAAGAAGCUUCUGUAUAAUUAUUUGUCCACUUUUACUAACCAGACAACUGAGACGAUUGAGAAAGACUCAGACAGGGACCACUACAUGAAUGCGCUGGAGGCGAAGAGGUACGGACUUAUUGAUGAGAUCAUUGAGACGAAGCUGCCGCACCCAUAUUUUCACGAAGCUGUGGGGGAGUCAAGCAGUGGCGGAUCGGAAGAGGGAUAA